AUGCCUAUCAUUAAUGCCAACAUCAGUUCUAGAGCACAACCCCUUAUUUUUGGCUCAAAACGUCAGAUGGAGGGCAUUCAAGAGUCCGUUGAAAUCUGCGAAUCCAACAAGAGACAACGCAAGCAGGUAAUCCGUGAGGGUUUUAUCAGCUCCGAUAUAAUCAGCGUUGAUAGCGAUAAUCCUACCAUUAUCUUGUCCGAGUCUUCAUAUGUUGUAUCUGAGGCUGAUGACGCUCCCUGUGGCUACAUAUGUAAAAUGGGAAUGCCUGAGCUUGAUAGCAGUGACAUUCCUAGUUUGCCAAUAAAAAUCGCAGACAGCCAACUUGCGGCAUUGGUUGCUGAUGCCCAAUCAUCGGCCCGAAAUAACUCAAUGCACCCAUUAGACGUAGUCAAUCGUUUAAGAUUGUCUGUGAUAUUUGAAUCUGAUGAAGAACAGGCCUAUACUAUGGUAGACUUACCAAACAGUGUCUAUCAAAACAUUAGAGAGUUUAAACGGGCUAUUCUGGCCAAAAGAUUCUAUAAUCAGCCUGAACCAAGUUCGAACUUCGUGGAGUUAUCAUUAAACAAUAUAUUUAGCUCAACAUACCUUCUUCAUGGUACGGAUCGUAUCAAGAGCAAAGGCUCUGAGCUAAAUUUAAUAGCUAUAUCCGUUUCAACCUUUUUGUCGCCGUUCUUCUCUUCUCAUGAUGAUGUGCAGAUGGAGUUCGACUCUAUUUCAUGGGUACAGCAUGGUCAAGUAAUUGAAGUUGCUUGUGGAGAAGUUAAGAAGCCUGGUGUGUCUCAAGAGCGUCUAAAUGAAGAUAGAAUUCGCGUAUUGGAGAUGAUGAAAAGGCAGCUCCAUAUCUGA